ACCAAGUUUUUUGCUCUCUUUGGGCGCAAGAAAGAUCGAAAAGUCGAAUGCAAAAGGGCCGAAAUGCGAUUGCUGGCGAUAACCAAAGCUAUUUGCUUUCUUUUUCUUGUUUCUUUUGCCUGUUCUCAGUGCAACAAUGGUAGAUGUGCAAACUAUUUCAUGACCGAACACGGUAAACGAUCCCUCGCCAAAUUGUUGAAGUCCGUACGAGUUUUGGACGACUUCGCGUGUACUCGGGAAUGUUCCCGUACGGAGGGGCUCUGCGCAUCCGUCAAUUUCUACAAAGAUAAGGGUUCCGAUGGCAAGCACCUUUGUGAGUUACUCACGGACGACGUAGAAAAAGGCAAAGAGGGGAACUACUUGGUGGAAGAUUCUCACGUCGACAUUAUCAGUCUCGAUGGCCAUCUUCUUCCAUCAUGCGCUGAGAUCCAGUCAGCAAACGGUGCUUACAUCAGUGGCAUCUACAAAAUCGCCCUCACUCCCUCUCGGCGACUCGACGUCUACUGCGACCUGAGCACUAGCGGAGGGGGCUGGACUGUUAUCCAGAAGCGCAUGGACGGCUCGGUGGAUUUCUACCGUUCAUGGGACGAGUACAAGAUGGGGUUUGGUGACAAGAAUGGAGAGUUCUGGCUGGGGCUGGAUAAUAUCCACGCGAUGACGUCACAGAGGGGGUACCGUGUGCGCUUUGACUUGGAGGACUUCGAGGGCAACACAAGAUACGCCGAGUACGAUGACUUUAGGGUUGGUGAUGAGACGACAAAGUACAAACUUGUUUCAGUUGGUACAUACUCAGGCACCGCGGGCGACAGCUUUUCGAGUCACAGGGGCUUUCCUUUUACAACGCGGGAUCGCGACAACGACAAUGAUAAUACUUAUGGCAAUUGUGCUGAGCGCUAUGAAGGUGCUUGGUGGUACGAUAACUGUUAUAAUAGUAAUCUAAACGGCAAAUGGACCAUUUCUGAACACGGGAUCACCUGGGAAGCUUGGCGCCAGUAUAAGGCACUAAGAAAGGCAGAAAUCAAAAUUAGACCUUACUAAGAGACAAACCUACCUCAUCUACCAGAAUGCAGCGCGCGCCUAACAAAGUGCGCGCGGUAGUUGAGGUAGGUUUCCAUGUCGAGUGCGCGCCGCAUGCUUAUAGAUGGAAUGGCCUAUUGGCGAUCAUGCGAUCAUUUUGUAUCAAUGCUUUAAUUUGUGCAGCCUAGCGCUUUUAAAAGCAAAGUGCUUUUUUGUAUUUGUACGCAUGACCGCCUUUUCAACACCGUUGCUUACCAUCCAGUUGCAUGCUCACGUUCAAACGACAAAAAAAUCACCAAAUAUCGUUUCCAGUUUUAGCGUGAAAGUCGGUAAUAGUUAAUAUCAUAGUAGGUACACGCUAUUAUCAACAAUCAUAGAAUAUAAUAUUUUCUAUCAUGGUUGUUUGAAAGGGGCAUUUGCGAAUUUAAUUAAGCUCAAACAUGACGAACGACACACACGUCGCACAAGCUUACUGCGGUGACGGAUCCAUGGACAAUUGGUCAACUCUUUUUAAUAUCAAAAUGGGAUAGCUUCGACCUUCUAGGAGCACUUAAAAGAACUUAAAAACGUUUUUGCAAUUUUUAUAAUUCGACUAUCUUUUUUUUGAAUUAUUCUAAAUCCGUCAUGGCAUGUUUAAGUAUCAAAACCCUACAUUUUACUCUAGUUUCAUUGUUUUUCACUCACAUCAGCGGCGGCGGAGUGGUC